CUUCUCUUCUCUAUGAUUAUUGAAACGCUUAUAUCUCUAAAUAGUUAACCUCCAUCUCUCUCUAUCCCGCGCGAACACCCUUUCCCUUUCCCUUUCCCUGCCGCCACACUCCCCUCCUCCAUUUGCCGCCGCUGUACCCUCCCCCUCCUCCCCGCCGCUGCCCGCUGCUGCAUUCUACCCCCCCGGGCGGGUGUUGCUGCUACGCUCUCUCCUUCCCCCCAUCGCUGCCCACUUCAUCCCGGCUGCUGUGCUCCCUCCCCCGUGCCGGCGCUGCGCUGUCCGUGCAGCCGCACUCUCGCGGGUCAGUGUACGCAUUUACAACAUCUGCUGCCACUUUGAUUCGCCAACAAUAUCAAAGGCCUUUAAUUUCUUCCUCCUCGUAUUUGGGAGUGACAAGAUUGUCUCUGUUCACAAAGAGAAAGGGAGAGGGACUAAGGUGGCUAUGUUUGAGAGUAGAGUGAUUUCGAUUCUGAGAAGGAACAAAUCCCUUAAUUGGAUAUCCGGCGUGAGGGGCUCAUCCUCCUCGUCAUGUAGGGCUCUGAAUGAACCCUCACUAAACCUUUGCAGAUGCUUCUCUUCUAAGACUGCUGGUAUUACUAUGUGCUUCAGACCAAAGAAUUUCUGCUAUGGCGUCAGAACUCUUCCUCCUAAGGUCAAAAUUUUUAGGGGCUUUUAUGCCCAAUCAUGGAGGAAUAUGUCCACCACAGCCACUCUUGGUAUAGAAAACAAGAAUGGCUUGAAAAUCCUGGUAACUGCAGGGUCCCGAGCCCAGAAAAUGGUUGGAAUAUGGCUUUUUGGUUCUGCUGCAUGGGUGUUUAGUAUGGUGAUACUUGGUGGUGUGACACGGCUUACUCGAUCUGGUCUUUCUAUGACUGACUGGAAGUUCACUGGUACCCUUCCUCCUCUGUCUGAUGAAGACUGGUUGCUUGAGUUUGAGAAAUAUAAGCAAUCCCCUGAGUAUAAGCGUGUGAACAAAGGUAUGACCAUUGAAGAUUUUAAAUUCAUAUAUUGGAUGGAAUAUGCACACCGCAUGUGGGGAAGGGGACUGGGUAUCAUGUUUGCUCUGCCAUUUUCAUAUUUUCUCCGUAAAGGAUAUAUUACUGUACGACUUGGACUGAGGCUUUCUGCUUUAUUUGCCCUUGGUGCUGGGCAGGGCUUAGUUGGCUGGUGGAUGGUUAAAAGUGGGUUGGAGGAGCCAGUGUCUGAAUACGUUCAGCCAAGAGUGAGUCCUUAUCGUCUUGCAGCUCAUCUUACUUCAGCAUUUAUUAUAUACUGUGGCCUUUUCUGGACUGCUCUUUCAGUUGUCAUGCCUGAACCUCCAACUGAAACCAUUGCUUGGGUUCGCGGGGCAGCCAAAGUUAGGAGACUUGCACUUCCUGUAAGCCUGCUUACUGGCAUUACGGCUGUCUCUGGAGCAUUUGUUGCAGGAAAUGAUGCUGGCCACGCAUAUAAUACUUUUCCAAAGAUGGGUGAUACAUAUAUUCCAGAUGAUAUCUUUAGCAUGAAGCCGCUCAUGCGUAACUUCUUUGAGAAUACUUCAACUGUGCAGCUCGAUCAUCGUAUCCUGGCAACUGCAACCUUGACUUCAAUUUGCUUUCUAUGGUGGAAAACAAGAAAAUUGGACGUACAUCCAGCAGUACGAUCCCUGAUUGGAAGCACCAUGGGAAUGGCUGCCCUUCAGGUCACAUUAGGGAUAUCAACGCUUUUAUCAUAUGUCCCUGUUUCUCUUGGCACUGCACAUCAGGCUGGAGCUUUAACACUUUUAACACUUAUGAUUCUGCUCAAUCACACUGUGCGGAGGCCAUCAUUGGCCCUUCUCAAGUCUCUGCCAUCGGUUCCAAGAACAACUUAAAAUUUACAGAUUAUGAUUUUCCAUAUUUUUGCUUCCAGAUUUUCCCGUAUUCGAGUUGAGUUACAUAUUACCCUAAUCAAAGAGAGACAGCUAGUUGGUUUCUUAGUAUAUGUGAGCUUCUUCCAUGAAGUUGGAUAUGAAUCAUAAUGUGGUUUGGUGGAGUUUGUUUAUUGAACAGAAUUUAUUAGGAUUGGACAUUUGGAGCAUUCAAUGGGAAAGAAACUUCUGUGGAAGUAGUUCAUUGCUGUUCAGUGUAGGAAGGUGGGGAUGCUCUUUUUAUUGUGGAAUGACUUAUUCCAAACUAUUGCCUUGUUCUUAAUCUUCUGAAAACUAAUGAUCUUUUUGGUAUGCAAAUGGAUUGAAAUUAAUAAUUUAUAAUUU